GAAAAAGGAAUAUAUGGAGUCAAUGAAGGAGGAUUUCCAGCGGUUUAAAGAACAUACUGCUCGUAGGGGGGAGACAAUUAGCUUACAGAGAAUAUACACCAAGUUACAAUUUAUAAGGAGACCCCAGAUUAUGGAAGAAAAUGAAAUGGAAAUAUUAAAUUCAGGCAGAAGACAAGUACAGAACAUGCAGAAAACAUCAGACGAUUGUUUCCCAACCACAAUUCAGAGUCUGUUUGAUCCAGAUGAAGAUGGUUUCAUCCCAAAGAUUGUGGUGCUACAAGGACCUGCUGGGAUUGGGAAAACUAUGACCUCCAGGAAGAUCAUGCUGGACUGGGCCUCGGGGAACCUUUACAAAGACAAGUUUGACUUUGUGUUUCAUCUGAGCUGUAGAGAACUCAACACUAUCUCUAGAAAAAUUAACCUUGUUGGACUUUUCUACAGAACAUGCAAACUGGAGAGUUCAGAUGACCUGGUGUCUAUCCUGAAGGAUUCCCAAAAUCGCAGAAAACUUCUCUUUAUAGUUGAUGGUUUUGAUGAAUUGAGAUGGACUCUGGUGGUGGAAUCAGAGGUUUGUCAUGACAUUUCUGAGGAGACUGAUAAAGAAAUACUUCUCCAAAGACUGCUGAGGAAACAGCUUCUGAAACAAUCUUCUCUGAUCAUCAACACGAGGUCAAUGGCCCUGGAGAAACUUCACUCAUUUGUUGAUGAUUCACGCUAUGUGGAAGUCCUGGGAUUUACAGAGGAAGAUCGCAAGGUAUAUUUUCACAAAUUAUUUCGUAAUAAAGAUGAUGCAGACAAGGCUCUCGGUAUAAUAAAAGACAACGAUAUUCUGAAUACCAUGUGCGCUGUCCCCAUCGUAUGUUGGAUUGUGUGCACUGUAAUGAAACCCCAAAUAAAACAGGACUUGGACUUACUGCAGUAUCAAACAGCCACCUCUGUCUAUCUCCUCUACCUGAAGGGUCUAAUAAAGUACCAUGGUAGGAACCAGCCAGCACAAACCUGCCUAAAGAAACUGUGUGCUCUAGCGAAUGAGGGAGUCCUAAACCAGCAAAUCUUGUUUGAGGUGGAAGAUCUAAACAGACACGGACUUUCUCUUUCUGAGGUUGAGUCUGUAUUUCUGAAUGAGAAAAUCCUUAACCUGGACAUUGACACCCAAACCUACUACAGCUUCAUCCAUCUGAGUGUACAGGAGUUCCUUGCUGCUCUAUAUUAUGUGCUGGAUGAUGGUGCAGAAGGGGCCAUUGGAUUGAGAGAGGACACUUCCAUCCCGGAGAUCUGUAAAGGACGUUCACUCUCAACAAUGUGUAUAGAACACCCGCAUUUAACAUUAGCUGUGCGAUUCCUGUUUGGGCUGCUCAAUGAGAAGGAAGUGAAAAGUUUUUCUAAGAGCACAGGCAUCAACAUUUCACUCCCAGCUAGAUGUGGAAUGCAAGAAUGGCUUUUGGGAGAUUGGCUGUUUCCAAACAUAUCUACAGGCGACUCCCUGGCUUUCCAUUCUACUGAAGCCAUAUCAUGUUUGUACGAGACUCAGGACAAGGACACUAUAAGGACAAUCAUCUCUCGUUCUUCUCAUUUAGAACUGCUAGGCACACGGAAGGGUGGUUUCUGGACAGGAGAGAAUUGUUCUAUACAGUUGUACUAUUGCUUGAAGACUUGUGAAAGGCUUCAGGUUCUCUCUUUCACACACCUUAUAUUGGAUCCCAAAUACCUGGAAAUGUUAUCUACAGUAAUACACAGAUGUCAUCAGCUCAGAAUAAACAAACUACUCACCAGUCUAGAUCUAUCGGACAACAAGCUACGGGACUCUGGUGUAAAAAUCUUGUGUGAGGGACUUGAAGAUCCGGGGUGUACCCUGCAAGUGCUGAGAAUCCAUCAGUGUUAUUUGACUCCUAUGUGCUGUGAUGACCUCUGCUCUCUUCUCAUCACAAACCGAUCUCUCACCAGUCUGGAUUUAUCAACAAACCAUUUGUGGGACUCUGGAAUUAAACGUCUAUGUGAGGGACUCGGAGAUCCCGACUGCACCUUACAGGAGCUGAAUAUCAAAGGUUGUGGUUUGACUCCCUUGAGCUGUGAUGACCUCCAAUCUGUCCUUAUUGCAAAUCGGUCUCUCAUCAAACUGGAGUUAUCAUUCAACCUUCUAGAGGAUCCUGGAAUAAAACUUAUCUAUGAGGCAUUCAAACAUCCAGGCUGUACCCUGCAGGAGCUGAGAUUUGACUAUCUCUACACACUGGAGACUGAUACUGAUGUGGAGAUCUCAGAAGCGGAUCGCUGCUUCGAAGAUCUCGGACAUCUGGGCUACACUGUGGAAAAAAAUAGGGUCUUUAAAUGGAUAAAACAGGUGGAGCAUGGGGGUCUGUUGCUGAAAGGAGAGCUUGCAGGCGUGAAUCUGAGCGGAGAAGAAGACCGGGACAAAGAUGGAAGCACCGACAAGGGAGGAGAGGCUAGACACCCCAGCACUGGAGAGGAUGGCUUUGGCAGAAAGAUCAGUUUCAUCCAGAGCCCCUUCUGCAAACUUUCCAUCUGCAAAACGGAUUGUGAAUUUUGUAACUAA